GGUGAAGACUAAAUAGAAAGGGUUUUUUUUUUUUCUUCUAAACUUGGAAAUUGAGUUUAACCUUCAAACUGGCGAUGUCAAGGGUCCCGAGUCCUCCUCCUCCGGCAGAAAUGUCGAGUGGCCCUGUAGCUGAGAGCUGGUGCUACACACAGAUCAAGGUAGUGAAAUUCUCCUACAUGUGGACCAUCAAUAACUUUAGCUUCUGUCGGGAAGAAAUGGGUGAGGUCAUUAAAAGUUCAACCUUUUCAUCAGGAGCCAAUGAUAAACUAAAAUGGUGUUUGCGGGUGAAUCCAAAAGGGCUAGAUGAAGAAAGCAAAGAUUACUUGUCACUAUACCUGUUAUUGGUCAGCUGUCCGAAGAGUGAAGUUAGGGCAAAGUUCAAAUUCUCCAUCCUGAAUGCCAAAGGGGAAGAAACAAAGGCAAUGGAGAGCCAGAGAGCAUAUCGAUUUGUACAAGGCAAGGACUGGGGAUUCAAGAAGUUCAUCCGUAGAGACUUUCUUUUGGAUGAGGCCAAUGGUCUCCUUCCUGAUGAUAAACUCACACUCUUUUGUGAAGUGAGUGUGGUACAGGAUUCAGUCAACAUUUCUGGCCAGAAUACCAUGAAUAUGGUGAAAGUCCCUGAGUGCCGGUUGGCAGAUGAGUUGGGAGGACUCUGGGAAAAUUCCCGCUUCACAGAUUGCUGCUUGUGUGUUGCUGGCCAAGAGUUCCAGGCUCACAAAGCUAUCUUAGCAGCCCGUUCUCCUGUUUUCAGUGCCAUGUUUGAGCAUGAGAUGGAAGAGAGCAAAAAGAACCGGGUAGAAAUCAAUGAUGUGGAGCCAGAAGUUUUUAAGGAAAUGAUGUGCUUCAUUUAUACUGGCAAGGCCCCCAACCUCGACAAAAUGGCUGAUGAUCUUCUGGCAGCUGCAGACAAGUAUGCCUUGGAGCGCUUAAAGGUCAUGUGUGAAGACGCACUCUGCAGUAGCCUAUCCGUGGAGAACGCAGCAGAGAUUCUCAUCCUUGCUGACCUGCACAGUGCAGAUCAGCUGAAAACUCAGGCAGUGGAUUUCAUCAACUAUCAUGCUUCAGAUGUCAUGGAGACCUCUGGAUGGAAGUCCAUGGUGGUUUCACACCCCCAUUUGGUGGCCGAGGCAUACCGCUCCCUGGCUUCAGCACAGUGCCCUUUCUUGGGGCCCCCACGAAAGCGCCUGAAGCAAUCCUAAGGCCUCUGCUUGUUGCAGGACCCAAUUUUUCCAGAAGCAGCAGCACCUUUGCCGUCCUUGACCACUACGUAAAGACAGCUCAGUCUGUGGAGCUUUUACUCUAUUAUGGGGGAAAAGACUAUUUCAUGAUACCCUGACUUUUAAAAACAGCACCAAGUAACUUGAGGGGACAUAGGGGGAGGGGAGGGCCUGGGGCUCGGGGCAGUUCAUCCUAACGAAAACCCUGUUGCUGCAUUGUCUGUGUGUUCCCUUCAGCUUGGACAAGUCGAUCCUCCAGGGAUUUGGUUUAGGUGCUGACAUCCCACGAAGACAUCCGGAAGUGGUACUAGGGUAUAACCCAUCUCUGCAUCUGACAGCACAGAACAGAUCAAAUCGUCAGGUGCCUGGAAUAAAAAAGACAAACAAACAAACAAAAAAGGACGCUUAGUUUUUAAGAGAAGGGGAAAGAAAAAAGGAAGAGGAGGAAAGAAUUUUUGAUGGAAUUUCUCAAAAGGCCGUUUCUGGAGGAUUCCAGUAGUAUUUAUGUUGAGAGAAAGAAACUUUAGUCCUUUCAACUGUGGUAAAACUGGGACGUUUACAAAAACGCCUUACCCUCAUAUACAGUGAACAGAAGAGCAGUUCUCUCUUGUUAUUAGCACUUAUAUGUUGUUUGCAAAAACGGAAAACACCCUUUAUCGUUCUGUGAGGAAAGAAGAACCGGUGAAGGUGAGAGGAGGAGAGGAAGCCCUCUGGUCCGGGAAACAAGAACCCGACGUGGCGCCCUUGGCAAAGAGUCUUGAUUGGUUUUGAAGAACUGGGGGAAAACAAUCCUUCAUCCCUAUCUUGUACUUUCUUGACAAGAACUGUGGUUUUCUGUUUUUAGAUAUUGUGGAAAAUGUUUUCUGGCAUUUUUCUCUCAUUUUAUUUCUCCCUCCUCCUUCUCCCCAGCCCGCUUUUUUGAAAAGGGUGGGGGGAAAACUAACACAUUGUUAGUUGUUCACUAACACUGCGUGGGGAAGAAAUAAACACUGAAAACACAGUGUUAAUUGUUCACUAACACUGCGUGGAAUAAAACUCUAAAAACACUAA